GUGAGCGCAGCAUCGAGGCGCCAUUUCUCCCUGUCUAUCUCCCGGUCUAUCUGCUCCCUCCCAAACGGCUACGAGCCACUGCCCACCAAACGUGAGGCUGCAGAUGUGCAUCCCGGGAUUAAGAGACAAAACGCGAACUGGUGGAAAACACAGGACGGCAUGAAAGAGACUGACACUGGGGUGCUGGGAAAGGUGAGCAAUGUCAGUGAGGAAAAUGAAGAGGAGGUUCCAAUGAGUCGUAGUUUCUCAGUAGAAGACCUCCUUGAUGAGGUGGAGAAGAUCUGUUAUGAUGCGUCAGGAUCAUCAAAGGUGGAGAUGGUGGUGAGGCUGUGGAAGGACGGCUUUACCAUUAACGAUGGAGAUUUUCGCGGUUACUCCAUGCCUGAAAACCAAGAUUUCCUGGAUGCCAUCAAAAGAGGGGAGCUUCCGGCAGAGUGGGAGAGCAGAGCAGAGGAAGAGGAGCUGGAGAUCAGUGUGGAGGAUAUGACCGAGGAAAAUUAUGUCCUCAAGAAGAAGGCUUUUCACCCCUUUAGUGGGAGAGGAUACCGACUUGGCAGCGUUGCACCCCGAGUUGUGGCCCGGUCACCAUCUGUGCACGAUGAUGGAGAAUCUCCUCCUAUUCCCAUGGUAACACUAGACCACUCCCUUCCCGUCACCUCCCUGCAGAUCUGGUUGGCCGACGGCAGGAGACUGGUACAGAGGUUUAACCUAUCACAUAGGAUCUCCGAUGUCCAAGACUUUGUUGCACGCUGCCAGAGGAGCUGUCCACCUUUUGUCCUGACAACAUCGCUUCCUUUCCGUGAGCUCAGCGACAAAGAAUUAAGUCUAGAGGAGGCGGAUUUGGCUCACGCAGUCAUCGUGCAGAGACCCCUGAACACACAGGCUCUGUUUGGACACUGCUGACCGACACAGCCCCAUACCACACCUGGCAUGCCACCUUUCCCUCCUUUCACAGACACAUCAUCACCCUUUUAUGGCAGCCUCAAGGUUUCCUACACCUCUAAGUAUUUUAUUCUUCACUGUGCUCUUUGAACUGCAUUGCACAGUUGUUUUUCCCUCUAUAGGCUAAAGGUGAUAUUCUCACCAGAAUGAACUGAUAAUACAGCAUACAAGUUUUGUUAUUUUUUCAAACAACAAUUGGGUGCACAAGUUUGCAUUUAUUGUGGACAUGUUUAAAAUCAUACAUACAGACUGAAGCCUAUACAUGCAAUCCAGUAAUGUUUGGUUAAAUUUACCCUUACACAUGGCUGAGAAAGCAGAAGUUUGUUACCAUCAACAUCUUCUUAUUGCUUAGUUCAGCCUGCUGGAUAUUUGACCGCUCUAUUUAUCAGAAUUGGUGGAGUUUGUUUAAAUUGGUUGGUUUCUUGGCAUAGAGUCCAAGCAGAGUCCAACUGUUUUCAAUAGGAUUGAGGUCAGGGUGUUGUGAAGUCUGACUCUGAGGCUUAAUGUCAGCCUGCUUUAUCUGUUCUGAAAUGAAUUUUGUUUUAUGUUUGGUAUCAUUAUUCUUUUGGAAUAUUCAACUGUGCUUGAGUUUCUACCCCUAGAUGUUAAUUUUAAGUUGGCAAACUUGGAGGUAGUUUUUCUUUUUUUGUUAUUCCAUCUACCUCUGUGAACUGCACUGGUGCAAGUGACAGCCAAGCAGACCCUUAUUAUGAUGCUACCAUCACUAGGCUUGACAGGUGGUGCAGUGUUCCUCACUUUGACUUCUCCAGACAUUAUUUUGGUCAGUUUUGGUUGGAUAUUUGAAUCUCCAACACAUCCAGGUACUUCAACAAGUCAAUGAUCCCAGUUAUAUCAAAACUAGAGUUUAGAAAAGGUUUAGAUCGGUUUCAUGCCUUCCGAAUAGCCUCCGCAUGACCUCAGACCUAUUAAAAAUGUGUAGGCUAUGCAUAAAAGCAGGAUCCAUGCAAGGAAACCAACCAAUGUCAAUGAGCUCUAUUGAUCCUGACAAUAAGAGUGCUCAAAUAUCCAGGCAAGAUUAUGCAAGCUUGCUAAGGGACAUUUCUCAAAAUAUUAGUGGAGACAUAUGUAUAUAUUUGAGCACGUAUGUAUAAUUUGACUACUAUGUAAAUUGUAGAAAAUACACAAUAUAUUUAAUCUUGUAGGAGGGUUCCUGUUAUAAAAAAAAAAACAGUAAACUGCAUGAUGCACAAUGAUUGCUUUCUGGAAAACAAAUAGUUCAAAUACAGCAUUUAAAGCUUCAUAAUUAACAUGAAAUUCACCCAUCAACAGACUGAAUGAUAAACAUCUGCCCUGAAACUCCCUGUCCCUGUUACUUUCCAAACUCCUUAUUCAACUACUAUCAAUGUCUUCCCAAAGUAUGAACAAAACUCUUAUGCACUGUUAGCAGUUUUAAUAAAGAGGCGAUAUGUGGAGUUUACAGUUGCAUAUUUAUGAGGAUGUGAUGUUUUGUUUUUAUAUUAAUGAUACUUUGGCCUUGUUCUUGGGUCUGUCUGUUUUCUAUAUGAAUAUUCACCUAGGUUUUAUUGAGGUUGGUAGAAAAAAUGUGAACUCUUCUGUUUUACUUGAUUGAAUGAUUGACAAACAUCUCAAAUCAUGUUUUGUUUUAAUAAACCCAUCAGUUUGGUUGCUUAUAUUUCUGCUUCAAAUAGGACAAAACGAUGAGUCUUUAUUCUUUUAUGUUGGGGCAAAGGCUUGAAUUCUACAAUCAUUUAAAAGUGUACAUUGUUCAUUUUUAUUCAUUGUGACAUUCUUCAUUUUAACCUUAAAAACUCACACAGCUGAGUUUACUCAGCUUUUUUUAACGAGAUUAUCAAGAAUGCCAAGGUACAGUAUGACUGCCUAACUGCCUUUUUAUUUAGAGGUGUGCCAAACUAUCCAUGCCUUAUGUUAAUGUGCUACAUGGUAAUGUCUAAGCAAGCCUGUACUAUUAAAAAAAAUGUGAUCCAAA